GAUUGCCAUGAAUUAUGGAGUAAGAAACAACGGAAGGAACGGCGUUCCAUUAAUCCUCGAACCCAGCAGUUUGAAGGCCAGGAGUCAGAAUUAUCGGCGUGCCCUCCUGCACCUACCGCAACUUUGCAGUAUGAUAGGCGGCGAAACUCUCCAUCUUCUAAUGGCUAUGUGAAUCCGUCCUCCAUUAAUCCUAGCCGGACGGAAGCCGUUGAGCAAGCUAUAGCGGCUGUAUUGCAAACGUCCGACACUACACAGCUGAUCAGACUACUUCAAUAUACCAGCGAAGCCGAUGAUGCUGCUAUUCUCAGCAGGCUUUCGCAGUCUGCUCAGUUCUCCUUCGUACCUGGUGAUUCGCGUCCCAUAAAGGAAAGAUUGCUCGAUGUCCUGUCGAAUAGAGCUCAUCUUGGUGGAUUGGUGCCGUCUGGAGCUAUAGACCUUAUGGACAAGAUGCUACUUCUCGAUCCAAAACGGCGAAUUUCUGCAAAAGAUGCUAUUAGUCAUUUUUGGAUUAAGAACUUUGAUUAUUCUACAGUUCCUCCAUUGAGGCUGCCCCAACAUCAGGAUUGCCAUGAAUUAUGGAGUAAGAAACAACGGAAGGAACGGCGUUCCAUUAAUCCUCGAACCCAGCAGUUUGAAGGCCAGGAGUCAGAAUUAUCGGCGUGCCCUCCUGCACCUACCGCAACUUUGCAGUAUGAUAGGCGGCGAAACUCUCCAUCUUCUAAUGGCUAUGUGAAUCCGUCCUCCAUUAAUCCUAGCCGGACGGAAGCCGUUGAGCAAGCUAUAGCGGCUGUAUUGCAAACGUCCGACACUACACAGCUGAUCAGACUACUUCAAUAUACCAGCGAAGCCGAUGAUGCUGCUAUUCUCAGCAGGCUUUCGCUCUCCUCUCGUACCUGGGUCAUUCGCGAAUCCACGAACAAGGGAAAGAAUUGCUCGAUGUCCUGUCGAAUAGAGCUCAUCUUGGUAGAGUCCCGUCGUCGAUGGGUUUCGUUCCUGGACAUGCUGGAAAUGUUCUGCAGCAAAUUUCUACAACUGCUAAUCCCAUUGAGAAUUCUAAUGUCUAUCGAGGUGUCACUCAUCAUCCACAACCACCACCUUAUAGAUGACAAGGGCGCUAUGUUCAUGUGA